AUGCGGUCACGGAUGCAAAGGCCCACACCAGAAACAGAACAACCUUCUCAAACGAGUCCAGCAGAGGCCAGCAAUGCCGAAGACUACGAGUUUGACGAAUCGCAGGAUUUUGACAACACCACCGAUGGCAUGGGUUUCCUGGUUGCUAAGCCUGGAAAGGCCGGCUACAUGGGUCCUCAGUCUGGAGUUGCCGCUGUGAAGUUCCUGCAGUCGUUACACUUGUACGGGCCGUUUCCCGAUGCUGGCAUGACCUCUUUGGAUAGCGCCGACAUGGAAAGCUUGCCAGUGGCUUCGACUGCCGAUGCGACUCAGUAUAUGAAUGACUACUUCUCCAUCUACCACACCGCUUACCCCAUUCUCCAUGAAGGCACCUUUCGUGCUCGUGUCUCCGGUGCGCUUGCAAAGCCAAGAGACGGCUCAUGGCCUAUUCUAUACAACAUUGUAAUGGCUAUCGGUGCGUUCGUUGGCCAGACAGAGGACAACAAUUGUGAUAUCGCAUUUUACAGAAAAGCUCGGGCAGACUUGAAGAUCGAUGUGAUGGAAAAAGGAUCUCUCAGCUACGUACAAGCGCUUGUCUUGAUGGCCAACUAUCUCCAGAAGCGCAACAAACCGAACGCUGGCUUUGUACUCAUUGGGAUCGGAUUUAGCAUGGCUUUGGCAAUAGGCCUGCACCGUGAAUUCGGUCCACCUCAUUCAAGCCCCUUCACCAUGGAAAUCCGGCGGCGUGUAUGGUGGGUGUUAUUCAUUUUCGUGUCUGGCGCGCAACUCACUCUUGGUCGGCCACCAGUCUCCCUUGUCGGCGUCAACGUUCGCCUCCCCAACAACUUAGAUGACCAGGAUCUAGCGGUCGAUAUGGAGAGCUUGCUAGCUGCAAAAGAGGGGCCGACAGUUACAUCUUGUCUCAUCUCGCAAGUGAAGCUUGCUAUCAUAGCCAAUUCGGUUCAAACGGAGCUUCUUACCAACCAAAUUCCCAGCGAUGCGAAGGCGCUCCAAUUAGAUGGCAGGAUUACCAAAUGGCGCGAGGACCUACCGGGCUACUUCGAUCUGACUGUGAUGCUGGAUAGAUGGUUCGAGAUUCCGAAACGCAUACUAGUAUGGCGUUCGUUCCAUCUCCGCAUUAUUGUUAAUCGGCCUAUCGUUUAUCAAAUCAUCACCGCAAAGGGGGACCUUGACGAGAAUCUCAUUUCGGUUCAAGCAUGUUUGAACGCUGCUGCGGAGUGCAUCGCGUCGAUAUGCAACUAUACCGACCUGGCAGCCGACAUCCCGCGUGGCCUUGCAUGGUAUGCUACGUACUGGUUGAUUACCGCAGCCUUCGUUCAGGCCACUUGUUUUAUAUAUGCCCCAUUGCACACGCUUGCUGCCGUCUGGCGACAACACCUGGAACAUGCCGUACAGUGCUUGGGCAAGCUCGGUGUAUCGCAUAGUAUGGCACUAAGGGCUCGGGACAUCCUCAAGAAGCUGCUAGAUCAAAGCGAGUCGCCGGCUUUUGCCACAGCAUCGUCUACAGCCGUGCCUCACAUUGGCUCCGAAUCAACUUCAGGGUUUUGGCAAUCUGCAGCACCUCCGUGGGGUACGGCUCAAGACUCAGCAGGCCACUUCCAGAUGGGUCCUUUGUACGGCACAGAGGGGAUGAUGACGUUUCCAUGGUACGCGGAGGGUUCCACCGACGCUGAGCUCUUCGAUGCGACUGGUGCUAUCAUGCUCCAGAUGGACUCCAACAACUCCGAAUCUCACCUCAAUCACGGUUCUUGGAUGCCUGGAUAG